GAUGUUGAGCGUCGCGACGCUCAACGUCAGUCGGCAUGCGGCACGCGGUCGGCAAACUCAUAUCGUUCCCAUGGCUGUUAAACACUUGAUUUUCGCGCUUUCUUUACUCAUUCCAGCGAUCGCGGAGGCCGCAAUGGACGUAACAGUUGACAUUCCAAAGUUCACGGGUCCCAUUCUGAACGUAACGGUUCCGGUAGGUAGAGAAGCGGUCCUCGAGUGCGGCGUCGACAACUUAUCAAAUUUUAAGAUUUCUGGCCCUUCAGACCCUAUACUACAUUCGGAUUACAAGAAACAGCAAAAGUACUACGUGGCGUGGCUGAGAGUGGACACACAAACUAUUCUCACCAUUCACAGUCACGUAAUUACGAAGAAUCAUCGUAUUGCGGUCACCCACAGCGAACACAGGACAUGGUAUCUCCAUAUACGAGACGUCCGGGAGUCGGACAGGGGCUGGUACAUGUGCCAGAUCAACACCGAUCCCAUGAAAAGCCAAAUUGGAUAUCUGGACGUCGUCGUUCCGCCAGACAUCUUGGACUAUCCGACGAGCACUGAUAUGGUGGUACGAGAAGGAUCAAAUGUGAGUUUACGAUGUGCAGCUACCGGAUCGCCGGAGCCGACCAUCGCUUGGAGGCGAGAGGGAGGAGAAUCUAUUCCUUUAGGAAAUGGACAAGAAGUUCCCAGCAUCGACGGAACAACGUUCAACAUAAGUAAAGUGAAUAGGCUCCACAUGGGCCCAUAUUUGUGUAUAGCCUCCAACGGAGUCCCGCCAUCUGUUAGCAAAAGGAUCAUGCUGAGAGUACAUUUUCCGCCAAUGAUCUGGAUACAAAAUCAACUAGUCGGAGCUAUGGAGGGCCAGCAAAUAACUUUGGAGUGCCACUCGGAAGCGUAUCCGAGAUCCAUUAAUUACUGGACUAUGGAUGAUGGCAACAUUAUUUCAGAAGGGGCGAAAUAUGAGCCGGUGUUAGUCGAUAACGCUUACAAGGUGCACAUGAAACUGACCAUUCGAUCCGUGAGCUUCGCUGAUUAUGGAUCAUAUAAAUGUGUGGCGAAAAACUCACUUGGAGAAACAGACGGAACCAUAAAGCUUUAUCUCUCGCACCGUAAUGGAAAGCCAUGAAAAGGGUGGCCCUUCAAUUCAUUAAUUUUGUUUUCGUUUCAUGGUGAUAGUACAUAUGGCAUGUUGCGAGGGUGACUUCUAUCCAUUUUAAUCUAUGGAAAUGGAAGCUUUCAUGCUGUUUUUUGCAGCAACGGGGGCAGGGACUUAUCAUCCCCUGCAGUUAUAAUUAAGAAACUGAAAGUACCUCCCAGUGCAAACAAAAAUAACUUGAAAGCUGCUACUUGUAAUUCUACUUCCUUUUCCAGUUCAAUACGUCUGGUGAAUUGAAAUAAAGACGAGAAAUGUUCAUACUAAUUAGGAGGGUGGAGCGCUUUUAAAGCCGAUUUGUGGUUUUUUUGAUAGCAAUCGGGGAAUAAGUUGUUCCUUUUUGCAAAAAUAUUGGUGUAAUUAAUGCCGGUGCCUAGUUAUUGCUGUUGGAAAAUUUUAAUUAAAAUUAGUGUAUGUAGAUAAACGAAACCAAUUAGAUAAUCUUUUGUGAUUAGAGAGUAGGUAAAUGAUUGUUUGGUAACAUAAGUCGGCGUCGCUUAUUGAUGUAGGUAAUUGGAGCUUAAAAGCUAAAUUACAAAUUAAUAUUAAACAUGAGAGAGACAAGAUCAUCAGUAAAUCCCCCAUUCGUUACCCGUCACACGCAAGUUCUCUUGAAACAUCCAAAGGCGGCAAAUCCUGUGAUCCACGUGCGAAAGCUCCGUUCAAAUAUCAUCUGCUGAUCAUCUCACCACAAUGAUAAUUCAUGCCUCUGAUAAGAUGCUAUGCAUGUACCUGACAUGUGGAAAGUUCUUUCCCUGCACUCCUCUCGUCCGCUUUUCACAACACUACGAUGACAGACGCCGAGAGUCGCACACACAAUGCCUUCUACUAAAUCGUACAUUCGAUUUCUAUGAGUCGCUUUAUCAGAUUGAUGGCGAACCAUACCUGACUUGAAAGACUCCAACGGUGUUCCCUUAAUAAAAAAGAAAUGGCAAAGGAAAAGCCUCGAUGUCCGUUUUGGAAUUAUGAAAAGAAACUACUCUGACCGGCAUAAACACACAAUUAAGGACAGGAAAUUUUGAAAGGAAUCGCGAUUAAUCAACGUCGAAAACCGCCUUCAACAACUUCGUUUAUAGGCCCAAUUAUAAUUUGCCUCAAAAGCAUACAAAGAAGUUCCUUUCUAGAAACCAAACUAAGAUGCGACAAAUUCGCCGACUUUUUAAAAUUUUUCGUUUUUCGUUAAAUAUUCCACAGCACUUAAAAAUAUCCGCAAGCAAACAAUUAUCAGAGAUUAACCGACAAGUUUUUAAUAUUUAUGUUUCAAUGUUUGUUAACUAACAGCUACACGAAUUGUUUCUGCAUUUUUGUUUAAAUGUUCUUAUUUAUUUCUUUAGUUCUAGUAUGAACAAUUAAGGCAGAUUUUCCCCAUAACGUGGCACUAAAGAUGAGUACAAAAUUGUACUAAAUUGGGAUCAAAAUAAUUUUCUCACCUAAAUGCUUUGUGAAUUUUCUGAAGGACUGCUCAUAAAUUGAAUAUUAGUGCUUUUGAGGCAACCGCUUUUAAGGGAUUUUCUUUUAAUAAAGAAAUAAUUUAAAGUUUACAAUCUCGUGCGCGGUCUCCACAAAUCGUAGCUUUUAGCGCCUAACAAAUUGUUAAUUGUGAUAAUCUCUCGGCUUAGGAUUUAAACUUUAAACUUAUGAAACUUUGAGUACCACUUUACAUCAGCGCGAAGCUAAUAAAUCUGGUCCUUUUAGCCAUGUUGAUCUCCAGUGAAGUUUAAUAAAUAGCUCCUUCAAAAUAUUAAGUGUCGAU